AACAACUAAUUUAGUGCAAUGAUUGCAGGACACACCGGCAGGGAGUUGGGCUGGUUUGGUCUGAAUUGCCAGCCGAAGCUCCGUAAAAUGCUCAACCUGCACAAGACAAAUUAAGCCAACCUCUUAAGUGCUCCAUUCAAAUGGACGCCUUAGUUCUAAAAAAACGGGGCUACACUCUCGGAAUACAUUUAGGUGAGGGGUCCUAUGCUAAAGUGAAAUCUGCGUACUCUGAGCGCCGGAAAAUAAAUGUCGCCGUUAAAAUUAUCAACAGAAAUAAGGCACCAAAAGACUUUUUAGAGAAAUUUCUGCCCCGUGAAAUUGAAAUGUUGGUAUGCCUCAGCCACCCUAACAUCGUCAAAACCUUUGAGAUCUUCGAGACUUCAAAUGGUAAAGUCUACAUGAUAAUGGAGCUCGGCGUACAAGGUAACCUGCUGGAGUUCAUCAAAUUCCGCGGAGCAAUCCCGGAAGAUUUUAGUAGGAAAGUUUUUCGCCAAUUGGCCGCUGCCAUUAAAUUCAUUCAUGACAAAAACAUCGUCCAUCGGGAUCUGAAGUGUGAAAAUCUUCUCUUGGAUAAAGAUUUCAAUUUGAAAGUGGCUGAUUUGGGCUUUAGUCGCAAGAUGAACUUCGAUGAUAGUGGCAACAUGGUACUGAGUAAAACUUUCUGCGGCUCUACCUCCUAUGCAGCACCUGAAGUCUUGCAGGGGCAUCCAUACAACCCCAAAAUGUACGACGUCUGGAGCAUGGGUGUUGUUCUGUUCAUAAUGGUUUGCGGGUCGAUGCCCUUCGAUGAUUCAAACGUAAGGAAGAUGCUCAAGGCUCAAAUGGAACACCGAGUGGAAUUCUAUCGGCCACGAAACCUCUCGUCAGAAUGCAAAGCCUUGAUCUACAGAAUGCUGCACCCAGACCCACUGAAGAGAAUCGACAUGUGCAGCAUCAUUACACAUCCAUGGCUACAAGCACAGUGGAAAGUGGAUGAGGGGAACAAUGUACAUCAUGACGUAUCACAACCAUCCAAGGCCUGCAAAGACGGCAAAGAGGAGAGCGCGCAUUCCAAGGAGCACAGAAAGGGCCCAAGGGCGGAGGUCGACAGAGAAACCGACCACCAGCCAGCCACUGCGAAGUGCGAGAGCACUGUGAGGGCCUAACAACUGUGUGACUGAACGGCUGCUGACUCAUUAGAGCUGUAGCUUGUAUCAGCAGACAAGGAUGCCAAAGGAUAUCUCAGAUGAGGACGAUGUUGGAGGCAUUCAGCAGUCAAAAUUGGAGUGAAUUCAUCUAAGGUGGUUGGCAACUGGAGGAAUGGUCCAGCUAAAAGUAGUCAUUAAACAGUCUGUGCCUUGCAACUGAAAA